AUGAAGGAGAUGAGCAAAGAGGAGCGGAGAGCCGUCCAGGACAAGCAGUGUGCCGACAAGGGAAUGCCGUAUGCCAACUCGUCGAUCAUUCAGAAAGCAAGGAACUUUCUCAAGCUGCUGUGCAGCAAGGGCAUACAUCGCACUUGUUUUCUCCUCGCCGCCAUUGGUCCCAUUCUCCGCACCGUGAACUCCGUCUUCCUCGGCGCCCAUGCUAUGCUCGCCAAUGGCGCUAUCUAUGGCCGCGCUGGAGCGGCCAUGAUAGCCCGGGUCAUGCUUGAUAGUAUUCUCAGUAAUGAGAUCAGCACGUCCCAAUCAAAUAUCCCGCCGGGUUCAUCCCACCAUCUCUUCAAGUUGCUGUCUACGUUGCCGACUGCGCCCCAAGAAAAUAAAUAA